AUGAUCGUGCAUUUUGGACGAAUCCCGAUCGAGGAAACGGUGAUGCUGUAUCUGAUCGGCGACACAAAACAUCCGCCGAAAGCCUCCCCGUACGCGGAACAACAACGAUUGGCUAGAAAACUUCUCUCCACUCCAAGGCUCUCCGGUUUUUGUGUGGCCCCGCUUCGCGACACCACGAAAUUGGUCAUCUUCGGCCUAAAGCGCCACCUCGAUCCACCGUGCCCGGAACUUGAGCACUUGAUAUUGGAUUUUAAUUUAUCGAUCGAGUCCGUACAACGGCCCGAUCACACUUUCGUCGAAGCGGCCAUCAAGUUCACACUCUUUUUCUGGCUGGAAGCUGAGGGAUACGCAAAAGUUGGCGACGCGUUGAUGCCACAUGACAGUUUAUUCGCGCCACCACAUGAAGGAAUGCUUCAAAUCGCUUUUAACAUAAACGUUUCGCCGGACUACGAUGUUGAUGUGAGCUUUAUGGCGAGAAUGGUUCGUGUGCAAGUGCUGGAGGAAUGGCUGUUUGAACGAUGCAAUAGUCAACUGCAAGAACGAUGGGUGUUCGUGUUACCAAAGCUCGGUCGCGGCCGUGUGGUGGGCGCUCAUCGGGCGCUGCCCGCGCACUCUCCGUUUGCCACCUACGGACAACUGCGAGAGUACUGGAGUGAAUCGUAUGGAUACACACUUCCACCACGGGAUCCCGAUUGCUACUAUGAUAUCAAGUUCAACGGAAUGAGGCACACGUUCUUAUAUCCGUAUUUUCUCGUGUGGGCGCAAAAGCCGGAGCCAAUCCAUUUUAUGGCAUCAAUGGAGCACGAGCGAAAUGCAUGCAAAGAGUUUCUCGUGUCGUUGAAGAACUGUUGUCAGGGACGAGUGAUUGGUGGCUUCGAAGUUGAUGUUAGACUCAAAGCCGGCGAAGUGAACAAGAUCACCGCUUCUGUGGCCUCGUUGCAACAACGGCGACAACUAAUGGUGCCGAAAUUGGGUCCAUUUCGACCGGAUGCCCCAUUUAAGCGGCCGAUAAUUGUCUCACCGGAGGGAAGUGAGGAAGAGGAGAGAGAAAUGAAGCGGCAAGAGCAAAGACAAGAAGGAUCACAACAAGGCCCAAGACUGCAACAACGAGCAGAACAACAACGAUUGCCACUGCCAUCGCCAAAAUGGAAACCUUCCGUGAAAGUUGAGGAGGACUCGUCAAGUGAAGAGGAUUUCCUGACCAGCAAAUUAUCGAGCUCCCGUACCAACUUGGUGGAGAGUAUCAAGCCGACAUUUGGAUAUCAGAAAGUUUCUCCGGCUGAAAUGGCAAAGUCUCUUGGGAAAAAGAGAGAUUUCAACGCGAGUUUGACGAGCGAUUUAGAGCCACUCGAGAAGAAGAAACGAGGAUUUCUAAGGGAAUUUCAGCACUCAAAUGAAAAGAAAACUUUCGCCGGUCCAUCCGUCUCCUUUCAAGUUCCACAAUCGGCCACUCAACUCGCGAAAGAACAGCCGGCUAAUAAAGAAAUGAAACUUAAGCAGGUCUCCUUCUCGAAGCUGGCCGCUGAUGCUUCAAAAAGUGUCGAAGAUCCACCGCAAAUGCCCGUCAAAUCGUCUCUUUCGUACAAGCUGAAAAGGAGUUUCGAGGUGGCGGCGAAGACAUCAUUGGACACUUCAAUGGCCACGAAGGAUCUCGGUGAUCGUGUUGAUGAAGUGAGGCCAUUGGAAAGGAUUGAGCGAAAGAAAGAGAGGACACCUUUCACGACUCAGACGGCGAUCCCGAAAAGAUUUGGAGAAACCUUUCAACUCGUUCAAGCGACACCACCAAAGCCAAAGCCUUUGCUGAAAAAAGAACAGACCUUUGCCACUUCAUCGCCAACCGGGAAGACCCUGAGAACACCGCUGCUGGAUCUGAAGAAUAAAACGAUGCCAUCUCAACGCGUCUCCCAGCCCAGGGCUGAGCCUAAAAACGAGAAAACAAACUUUGCCACUCCAUUGAUGAGGAAGCCGGGUACAUCACACGCUUCACAAGUCGUCAUUGAUGUGCCGAACACUCAACAGCGACCACCACCUGACCGCUCUCAACUCUCACAAGUGAAUCCCAGCCAACCAUAUCGGGUUGUGCUGAGCGAUGGGAUCUAUCCGAUUGGAUCAACUCCGCGUCGUACGCCUCACCGCAUGCCGAACAUCGAAUUC